AUGGCCACCGUUGAGGUAUUGCAAAAGAAAGUAAAGGAGUUAGAAGCGAAAUUAGCUGCCGCACAGGGUAAUGCUGUCCCAGCCAGGCAGAAAAUAGAAGUUAUGUCUGCCGAGGUUGUGGAUUCCAAUCCUUACAGCCGCCUGAUGGCAUUGAAGCGCAUGGGUAUUGUGGAUAACUAUGAGAAGAUACGAGAGUUGUCAGUUGCUGUGGUCGGUGUUGGUGGAGUUGGCAGUGUUACUGCGGAGAUGUUGACUCGUUGUGGUAUUGGCAAGUUGAUUCUGUUUGACUAUGACAAAGUGGAACUGGCAAACAUGAACCGCCUAUUUUUUCAACCACACCAAGCGGGUCUUAGUAAGGUAGACGCUGCAGCUGCUACUCUGCAAGCUAUCAACCCUGAUGUGGCAAUUGAUGCGCACAACUAUAAUAUUACCACAGUAGACAACUUUCAGAAGUUUUGUGAUACAAUAAGCACUGGCAGUCUGACAGGUGAACCCGUAGACCUUGUCUUGAGCUGUGUGGACAAUUUCGAGGCUCGCAUGGCAAUCAACGCGGCAUGCAAUGAACUCGGUCAGCGGUGGUUCGAAUCAGGUGUCAGUGAGAAUGCGGUCUCUGGUCACAUACAGUUUCUAAUACCGGGCGAGACUGCCUGCUUUGCUUGCGCUCCCCCGCUGGUCGUGGCGUCGAACAUCGACGAGAAGAGCCUGAAGAGGGACGGCGUCUGCGCCGCCAGCCUGCCCACCACCAUGGGCUGCCGCAUCGGGGCCGUCUUCGCUGUUCCUGGGCAGAACGCCCUCAAGCACCUGCUAGGCUUCGGGACUGUCAGCCAUUACCUGGGCUACAGCGCGCUGACUGAUUUCUUCCCCACGAUGAGCCUUAAGAUAGGCACACUUGGACACAUUGGUGCGGUGCGAGUGGGUGGAUGGUGGCGAUGGUGGUGGCGGUGGCGCUCUGUGCAGCCCAACGCCUCGUGCGCGGAGGCGUGGUGCCGCCGGAGGCAGGCGGAGGCGCGCUCUCGGCCGCCGCCCGUCGAGCAGGCCACCGAGGUGCGCGAGGACGAGCCGCCCCUCCACGCGGACAACCACUGGGGCAUCUGCCUCAUCGAUGAGAACGCCCCAGAGGAAGAAGAGGCCUGCAACUUGAAGUUGGCCGAAGGAGUUCAGGUGGCGUACGGCGCGGCGCCGGACAGCGGCUCGCCGGAGUCGAGCACGGAGGGCGCCGUGGCCGCCUCGGACCUCUCGCUGGAGGACCUCAUGAGGCAGAUGAAGAACAUC